AUGGCCACGCUGCGCCGCAAGCCCUCUCGCAUGACACUAUCGCCCAACGUCUCGAAGCCUACCUUGAAUAAGCCCCGCUCAGGUCGAUCUAGAGAUGGCCCUUUUGCUGGUAUGAAUCAGAAAGAGGCUCGAAUUCGAGACACUCCACGUUCCAGGUCCCAAGCAGCUCUCAAGCGAUCUGGCGAAGAAGGCAAAGGCAAAAGCGAAAAGAAGGAAAGCCCGCUCUACAAAGCAUUGAAGAUGCAGACAACUCUGUCGCCAGUUCCUUACGCUCGUCGUACUGCCACCAAAGCGAGGUUGGCCAACGUCACAAGCUUCGACCACUUUCCUCUCUUGCCCGCAGUUCGACAGGCGAUCUUCGCUCAAGCCCUCCCUGGUCUGGCCGACGUAACGCCAACUCCAAUUCAACGACUCGCAAUUCCUCGGUUACUCAAGGAAAACGAUGGCAAAAAGGAUAUCGUGAAAUCGACCAACGAGGAGGCCCCCAAAUAUGAACAAUUCCUGCUUGCAGCGGAAACUGGCUCGGGAAAGACUUUAGCCUACCUCUUACCGAUUGUAGAUGCCAUCAAGCGCGCCGAGAGGGUCGAAAAAGAGGAACAGGAAAUCAUUGAUGCACAAAAGGCGAAGGAGCGGGAGGAGAGAUUGAAGAACCGGACAUUCGAACUGGAGCCCGAGGAGCCGCCCAUGACUGAUGCCGGUCGCCCUAGGGCUAUCAUUCUUGUGCCUACCUCAGAAUUGGUGUCGCAAGUCGGGGCCAAGGUCAAGGUCCUUGCUCACGGUGUCAAGUAUCGUUCCGGAAUGAUUUCAUCGACCCUUACUCCUCGCCGAAUCAAGAACACCCUCUUCCACCCGGACGGUAUCGAUAUUCUGGUCUCCACUCCCCACCUUCUCUCCUCCAUCGCCAAAACGAAUCCCUAUGUUCUGAGUCGUGUCAGUCACCUCGUGCUUGAUGAAGCCGAUUCUUUGAUGGAUCGGUCAUUCCUACCCACAACAAUGGAGGUUGUCGACAAGGUGACGCCUUCACUCAAAAAGCUCAUCUUCUGUUCCGCCACUAUCCCCCGCAGUCUCGAUAACCAGCUUCGCAAGAAGUUCCCUGAUGUGAAGCGCCUGACAACCCCGAAUUUGCACGCCAUCCCUCGUCGUGUACAGCUCGGCGUGGUGGAUAUUGCCAAGGAGCCUUACCGAGGCAACCGGAGUCUCGCGUGUGCUGAUGUGAUCUGGUCGAUCGGCAAAGCAGGUGAAUCCAGUGAUGGCGAAGACUUUGGUCCUUUGGCGAAGUACAUGGGCCCAAAGGUCAAGAAGAUCAUUGUCUUCGUCAACGAGCGUGAAGAGGCAGACGAAGUUGCUCAAUUCCUGAGCUCCAAGGGUAUCGAUGCCGUGUCCUUGUCUCGUGACUCCAGCUCCCGCAAGCAAGAGGAGAUUCUCGCGGAAUUUACUGAAGUUGAAACUCCUCCCACCUCGGACGAGAUCGUGCUGGCCCAAAAACAGCACCGCGCCGACAAGUCUGUUCCUUUCGACCUUCCCGAUUCGAAAUCGGAGGUUAUGCGCCGCCUGCCCAACACUAAGGUUCUUGUCACUACCGACAUUGCCUCCCGAGGCAUUGAUACGUUGGCUGUGAAGACCGUGGUGCUUUACCAUGUUCCCCACACAACGGGUAGACUUCAUUCACCGCCUGGGUCGGCUCGGCCGUAUGGGCAAGCGUGGCCGUGGAGUUGUCCUAGUCGGCAAGAAGGACCGCAAGGAUGUCGUUCGCGAGGUUCGCGAGGGCAUGUUCCGUGGCCAGGCCUUGAUUUAGAUACAUUGCAUUUACUUGUAUAA